AUGGUGCAGCUACCCAGCACCCUGGGCCACGCCUCCGUCGUUCGGUCCCAGUGCUUUGGAGAAAAGACAGAAACGGACUGCAACCCGUGCUUGCCGGGCUGCUCGACCCAACAGCUUGGGUUGCAGCAGCCAAGGUGUUGCCUCGACGACGUCUAUCCUGUUUUUCCCUUCGACAUUGCGUUGAAAUUCAUGGUGCAAUGA